AUGUCUUCCUAUUCACCACAGAACAGCAAUCAAGGCCAGCAAUGGCCGUUCACCGACAAUAAUACAAAGAGCGGCAGCCAUAUGGAGCUCGUCGCCGCUUUAGCCGUCAUCUUGAUAUUCAUACUCAUCAGCUUCCACCUCUAUGUUAGAUACCGCCGGCGCAGCCAUGUCGUUAUUACAAUCCACCGCGGUCGCCGGCGUUCCCCUCCUAUUGCCACCGAGACGGGAGGGCUCGAUGCGACGGCCAUCGCUGCCUUGCCCACAUUUAUUAACCGUGCAGGGUCGUCAGCGAAUGAAUGCAGAGAGGAAUGUGCUGUUUGCUUGAGCGUGGCGGAGGAAGGACAGAUGAUGAGGUUGUUGCCUGACUGCAAACAUGUGUUCCACAUUGAGUGUAUUGAUACGUGGCUGCAUUCUCAUUCCACUUGUCCGGUUUGUCGGACUAAAGCCAAGCCGACGACUAAGCCUGAGUUCGGGGAGUUGUUGGCUGAGCCGCCGAUGCCGGAGAGAUUUGGCCGUGGCGGUGGUGGUGGGGCAUUAGAAGAAGGUAGUUCUGAGUCGUCGGAGCUUUCGAGAACGGGAAAUGGGUCGACGAGAUGGGUGAGCACGGUUGACGGUGGGGUUGUGGACUUGGAGAGGCAAUGA